AUGCAACUCCUUAUAAUUGCAAAUGAAACCAAAUGGGUUAUUGUUGGUUUUAUGUUACUUUCAGCAGAUAAUUACGCGGCAGAAGAUACAAUCUUAUCACCACCAAUGCCCUCGCCGUAUGAGAAACCUUCUACUAAGAUCAACCCAACAAUGGCGAUUAUACUGGUGUGCCUUUUAAGUGCAUUCUUCAUGAUUUGUGUAAUCUCGACCUACUUCCGCCAUUAUACUGAACGACAACUCCGACUUGCAGGGAGUACACUAAACCUAAGUGAAACGGGGUCAAUGAGAUCGGUGGUGCAUGGGCUUGAUCCGGGGGUGAUCGCCAUAUUCCCAAGCUUCUUGUAUUCAAGUGUAAAAGGGAUAAAGAUAGGGCAGACGGUUCUUGAAUGCGCUGUGUGCUUAAAUGAGUUUCAAGACCAUGAAACCCUACGUUUGCUACAAAAAUGCAGCCACGUGUUUCACCAGGAUUGUAUUGACACGUGGCUGGCUUCACAUGUCACAUGUCCAGUGUGUAGAGCAAAUCUAGUCUUGUUACCUGGCGAACUCGAUCAUGUGACUGAGUUGUUGCACUGCCCAGUUGACCCGGAGACAGAUUAUGCAUCAACUGAAUUUCUUCUUCCAAUAGAGUUCAAACACAAGAUACCUCCAUCCACUGAAAUGCCACGUUCACAUUCAACGGGUCACUCGGUUAUAACUCGGCCCAUUGAAAAUACUGAGAGAUACACACUACGGUUACCAAACGAAGCACAGGGCCUUUUUGGGAACCUUGUAGCAAGCCUUCCCACAAGCCCUCAUAUGGCAUUGCCGAUGGAGAGUAGUGAAAAAAUGAGCCUUCGAAGUAUUAGUGUUGGUUCAGUUAGAAAAUUGGAUUACGUUCAUCACGAGGUUUCUAAACAUGAAAGACGAAGAGGCCAAACAUCAAGGGGUGGUCCUAGUGAUUCUCACAUAGUUGAUUGUUGA